AUCAUUUGCUUUAUAAUGUGUGAAAUUGUUUGCAGAAUCUGUAUGAUUCAACAAGAAAACAUGAUAGAUAUAUUUCAAUAUAAUAUGGGUAACGAUGCAGCAAAUGCUUUUUUAAUGCGUUUCUGUAAUGUUAUGAUUGUGCAAGGAGAUGGGUUACCUUCCAAAAUAUGUGUAAAAUGUUUACGCUGCUUAAAAACAACAUAUAAGUUCAAAAAGCAAUGUGAACAAACUGAUUUUAUUUUGAGACAAAAAGUACAGGAACAACAUGCCUUGAAACAAGAAAAGGCAGAUAUCAAUUUGGGAAUGCAUAAGCAGCCAGAAUCUAAUGAAAAUGAAAACAAAUCAAUUUAUCAAAAUUCAUGUGAUAAUUUUUACCCAACAUAUACACAAACAAACCCAGAACAAACACCAAUACAACAAAAUGAAGAAAGUAUUAAAGUAAUAGCUAAUAUAAUUAAAGAACCUAAUCUUAAAAAAACUAAAGCUAGAAAAAAUGCUACCUGCCCAGUUUGUUACCAAAAAUUUGUGUGUUAUGAAGAUUACCAAGUUCAUGUUCAAAAACAUAACGGAGAUAUAGAAAAGCCUUAUAAAUGUAAAGCUUGUGGAAAAAGUUAUUUAUGUGCUUCACUAUUAAAUAGACAUUUAUUCACACAUACCAAUACAAAGUUAUAUGAAUGUUCUGUGUGCAAAAAGGAUUUAAUAAUUCUGCUCACUUGAAAUCACAUAUGUAUGUUCACACAGGCGAAAAGCCAUUUAGUUGCAAUGUUUGUGACAAAGGCUUUAAUCAGAUGCCUCAUUUGAAACGACAUAUGGCAUCACAUCAUAAUAUUUAGAUUAAUUUAUUCAUAUUAUUUAUUAAUGUAGACAAGAAAACAUUUUUGUUGUAGGU